GAAAAAUGGCAGGCCUGUACUUGUUGGGGUUGCUGGCCUGCGCUGUCCCUCUGGCUUCCCUCCAACCUCCCCAACCUCUACUUGUGCUUACCGAAACCUGCUACCAACCCCUCAACAUGACGUACCUGGCCAAAGGGCUGGAGGGCUUCAAUGUGAGUGUGUUCGGACCGGAUGAUACAUGCAAAAGCCAUCAGGAACUUUUCCACGUGCUGUCGAGCAGUGCCAGGUUGGUCUUGGGCUCGUUCCAUCCAGAAGUGUGUGCGGCCGCAAAACAGUUCGCCGACUAUUUCAAUACAACCCUACGCCCCUGGAACUGUCCUGCGGCGGUUCGAGAGGAAGGGACGAUUCAGGCGAGUCCUUCGAUCGCUGAAAUUGUCAGCGGAUUUGCAAAGCUUGUCUUUGACAUGAAAUGGAGUUCAGUCGCCCUUAUAAGCACUGCGUCCGGAUGGUGGCCGUCGCUUUCUCACAGCCUGGAAUUGAAGCUGAGAGACUUGGGGAUUGUUCCCAAGCAUUCGUUGCUGUUCGACAAGAACACUCCCCUAAGGUACAUCGAGCAAAAACUUCAGGACUUCAAGGAUCGACCCUGUAGAGCUCUGGUAUUCUGCAUGCCUGCCGACGAGCUGGGCCUGAACAUCUUCCACGUCACCAGGCGCCUUCAACUGGCCCAACACAACACGCUGUCCAUUUUCCUGGACGUCCUCAGCCUGCCCGCCUGGACCGAUCGUCUCGUCGCCUCGAUCAACAGCUCGGACAUUCCGGACAACCUUACAGAUCUAAUGGCUCAGGACAUUCUCCUGUUUCUGGACAACGCCACCCUCAACCUCAACACCGAGGAAAAAGUGCUGAAAACCGUCCGCGAAACUUUCGAUUCGGAACAAUCGCGAACGUGGUGCUUUGCGCUAGUUGAUGUGUUGCCGGACGGGACAUUGAGGCCCCUGAUGAAGGUUUUCCAAUCCAACGAAAGUGCAUGGGAGACCGAAACGUCGCCGCAGGACUUUGCCCAAUGGUGGAUCACACAUAAGCAGUUGGAAGAAUGCGAUGCCUUCUGUAAAUUGUCAUCGAGCAACUUGCUCAGGGCUUGGGUCUACUGGGUGAUUUCCUGUGCAGUUUUCCUGGUCUUUUGCACCCUGGGCGUUGUCGCUGCUGUCCGCUACCAUUUGCUCAAGAAAAAGACCGCAAAAGCGCCCUACAAAGUUCGCUUGGCGGCUGCCGAUUUCACAUUUCCUCAACUCACGGAAAGUCUACGAGUAGAUGAAGGCAUGGAGGCCAUACUGUGCUGCUGGUUGCAGCAGCUGCAGGAGUUUGGCGGUCCGGAAGUGGACAAACCGGAUCUGCUGCAGAAUUCCGGAGGAGCGUCCGCUCGCACACCGCUCAGAACCGGCUCCAGUCCCAAUUUGGCCAAACAAGUCAUUGUGGAUCCUCGUGUUCGAUAUAAUGGCGACUUGGUCCAGAUGAAACCAGUGCCUUCAAAUGGAAAUGCCGAGCUGAAAGCCAAAGCGACGGAACUUCUAGUGCAUCUGCAUGGGUUGAGGCAUGAAAACCUCAAUCCUUUAAUAGGUGUGUUGGCAGAGCCACCUAGAGCUGCCCUGGUGUCCGAGUACUGUUCGCGUGGUUCCCUGCAGGACGUUCUUCAGCAGGACGACAUCAAGCUAGACUGGUCGUUUCGGCUCAGUUUAUUAACAGAUCUGGUGCGGGGAAUGCGGUACCUUCACUCUACCCCGAUUCGAGUGCACGGAUUUCUGACGUCGAGAAAUUGCGUGAUUGAUGCACGAUGGGUGCUCAAAGUGACCGAUUACGGAUUAUCCGAGUUCUUUGAGGCCCAGGGCGUCCCACAGCCAGUUAAAUCAGCCAGAG